CACAGGAGUAGCUGUACACAUGCACCCACAUGAAGCAAGUCCAUGCAGCCGAGCAUUGGAUGCACCACACACCACACACAGAGAGAGGGAGGUGCAUAAAGAGCACACACACGUAUACACAAAGAGGGACAGAGACAGAUGCGGCUACUCAGGUGCCUGAGGGGAUGAAUAUCAUUGAGUCAUCCACGUCGGCCGGCCGGCCAGCUAGACGCAACGGACGCAUCGCAUUGGCCACUCUCACGAUGGCACUCAUCGCGAGCUACACACAGUGUGGACUAUAUCGACACAUAAGUGAGUGGGUGGGUCGAUAUCUACCCCCUCAAACAUGCUUGAGGCACUGGGCUCUCUCCCUGGCCCCUGGCUCUCAUCUACAGUGCGGUCAUGGCCCCCUAUCUGCCCUCCAUCAGCGACGCCGCCGCGCUCAGCCACAGCCAACUGUACGGCACCUGCAACCAUACACACGCACACAGAGACACACACAUAGACACAGACAUACACACAACAGGAGGGAAGGGGUGAACAUCACAAUUCACCGCUUGUUCUAAUUUGUAGACCUCCAAAUCCGCACACGUGAACCAUGGACUGGCCGCCAAUGUGACGUCCCGCCAAUGUGGCCCGUCGAAGCUACCCACAUACGUCUUGUCGGCCGGCAGGUCACCCCUCGUCAGCCACUGGCAGCAGCGGCGAAGAUCGCCAGCUGUCCCACGCCUCUCGACCCCCACCCACAGCCGACCGCCACCGAUGGACACCUUGCCUAAGCGCCUGUCGCCAACAGCCCUCACCGCCUCCUGAGCGCCGGCGACCACCACACGCUGGUUGUGGUGGGGCACGGUGAUCUUGGUGAUGCCCUCCUCCUUGAACGCACCGCUGAUGGAGUAGAAGGCCACGGGGCAGCCGGUGGUCAGCACUGAUGUGGGGUCAGUGGGUGGGAUGAGGGGCCCCUCCAAGUGGCAUGCGAAGCGGUUGUGGUGUUUGUCGUCCUCGAUGACGAACAGCAGGCCGCCCUGCGCACCCGCCACACCAUCCAUCAUCGCCUCAAACUCAUCGCCGUCGUGUGAAGCCCUGACGGACAAGAGAAACACACACAAAAGAGACCAUCACCUUCCCGCCGCCCAUCCGCUGUGCGUGGUCUUCCCGACUCACUUGAAGAGGCAUUUGAUGUGGCUGUGGGGUUUGCCGAUCAUCGAGAGGUACACCCGCUCCAUGAGGCCGUACAUCUCACACGCAUACAGCAGCUCGCCAGGCGAUGUGCUCAU